AUGUCUGCGAUCACUGAAAAGCGACAACAUGUGGAGGAGGUCCGGGAUCAUGAUGACGAAGCCCAUACCUUCUAUCCAAUCGGACCCAAGCUCAUUCUCAUUACAAUCAGUCUGAUGCUGGCGGUAUUUUGUGUCGCUCUGGACAAUACGCCGUCGAAGAUCAUGGCCGUGGCCAUCCCACGCAUUACAGAUGAAUUCCACGCCCUCAAUGACGUUGGCUGGUACGCCUCGUCUUACCUCCUUACGACCUGCUCCUUCCAAUUACUCUACGGCAAGCUCUACACGCUGUUCCAGGUUAAAUGGGUCUAUCUAUCCGCCUUGUUUCUCUUCGAGCUGGGCUCCCUGAUCUGCGGUGUUGCGCCGAACUCGACUACCUUGAUUGUCGGACGCGCUGUCGCUGGUCUAGGCAGUGCUGGGAUGUUCACAGGGGCGCUGGUGACCCUGGCACAUACAGUCGAGGUAGAGAAACGGCCGAUCUUCUUCAGUAUGCUCGGGGGCAUGUACGGUGUCGCGUCGGUGGCUGGGCCGUUGCUAGGCGGAGCAUUCACCGACCACGCGACGUGGAGAUGGUGCUUCUACAUCAACCUCCCUCUGGGCGGCAUCACAGCCGCCGGCCUCCUCUUCCUCCUGAGACUACCCCCCAAGCAAAGAAGCCAGAAGACAUUCGUGGAUAUCUUCUUGGACCUGGACCCCAUCGGCACAGCCAUCUUCGUGCCUGCCAUUGUCUGCCUGCUGCUUGCGCUCCAGUGGGGAGGGGUGACGUACGAAUGGGCCAACGGGCGCAUCAUCGCCCUGUUCGUGAUCUUCGGCGUAGCGAUCCUUGCAUUUGUUGCGCUGCAAAUCGUACUCGGUGACAGGGCGACUGUGCCCAGCGGGAUUGCGCGUCAGCGAACGAUUGCCUUCGCCUCGUUCUUUGGCCUCUGCAUUGGCGGAUCCUUCUUCAUCAUGAUCUACUACAUCCCCAUCUGGUUCCAAGCCAUCCGCGGCGUCACAGCCGUCCACUCCGGCAUCGACUCCCUCCCCAUGAUCCUCUCGAACGUCGCGGGCAUCAUCCUAUCCGGCGGCCUCACAACAAAAUUCGGCUACAACGCGCCCUUCUUCAUCCUCAGCAGCAUCAUGAUGUCAAUCGGCGCAGGCCUAAUCACAACAUUCACAACGGACAUCUCGCAGGCGAAGUGGGUGGGCUUCCUCUUCCUCUACGGGCUAGGCGUGGGCUUCGGGUUCCAGCAGGGCGGCGUCGCCGCGCAGGCCGUGCUCCCUUUAUCCAAGGUCUCCAUUGGCACGGCCAUUGUCAUGUUCCUUCAGAUGCUGGGCGGGUCGCUUUUCGUCUCGGUUGCGCAGAAUAUCUUCACCAAGGAGCUGAUUGGUAACCUGGAGGCUCUGGAUAUCCCGGGGUUUUCGCCUGCUGAUGUGGUCAAUGGCGGGGCGACGAGCGUGAGGUCGAUUGUUGAUGCGGAGGUCUUGCCGCAGGUGCUGGUGGCGUAUAACGCGGCGCUGGUUAAGGUCUUCCAGUUGGCGCUUAUUCUGGGGUGCUUGAGUAUCUUUGGGGCUCUUGGGGUUGAGUGGAAGAGUAUGAAGAAGAACAAGGCGGAGGGAACUGCAGUGGCGUAG